AUGCGUAAAUCGGAAGAUGUUUCCAAAAGAAACCACAUCUCAAUAUCGGACGAGAAGUUUGAGUCACUCGUCGAUACCCUGUUUAAUAUGAUAGAUCGAUACCAUGAAAAGCGACCGACAAGUGCUGACAUACAGGCGCUGAUCCACAACUGGACUGUCGAUGCGAUCGUUAGCGCAUGGAUUGAAGACAAUAAGUUUAUCUAUAUUCUGAUGCAGUACUGCGACCAUAACUUACGAACUAUUUUGAACACCAAAAUGACUUUGUUUAGAAGACAAUCGUCGGAAGCUCUCAUUGGUCCGCCGAUCAUUCACCGCGAUUUAAAGCCCGAGAAUAUUCUUGUUAACGAUCACAACCCCAAGGGUUGGUUCGUAAAGAUAUCAGAUUUUGGUGUCUCGAUAUUUGAUGAAUCGAGCUCUCAAAGUCACACUCACGGCGCCGGCACUGAGAAAUAUAUGGCACCGGAGGUUAAUUCGCCAGAGGUUUCCAAGAGAAACCACAUCGCGAUAUCGGACCAGAAGUAUCAAUCACUGGCCAACACAUUCCUUAAUAUGAUAGACAACUGCCACAAUAAUCGACCGACAAGUGCUGACAUACAGGCGCUGAUCCACAACUGGACUGUCGAUGCUAUCGAU